AUGGGUGCAGUUCAAAGAUAUCCUUAUCCAAAGUCCGUUUGGGCAUUUUCAGGAGGUUGGUGGAAUGACUUCCCAAAAGGAUAUGCUGCUUUCCGUAAUAAGUUUGUUGUAGGUCUUGUUGGUGUACUUGCAGGUACCUUUUACAUUUCUACUAGAUUAGAGAGAGAAGCAACUCAACACCAUCCAGAAGCUGGAUCUACUUUUACUCAUAAAUUAAGAAAGAACGCUUAA